GAAUUUUGGAAGCGGAAGCUUGUGCGUUACCAAACAACGGCCAUAGAAUAUGCUCUUAGCUGUUACCAACUUUGCCGGGAACUUCAUCGGACGCCUCUCAGCCGGAGCUCCAAUCACUGCUUCUCAACUCUCUCAAUCGCCUGCACGAAUUCCGAGGCUGGAUUCUUAAUUGACGGUCGUGGCUAUUUUCUGGCGGAAUUCUGUCCUUCCAAGUCAAAUUACUACACCUGUGUGCUUUUCUAGGGCUUGAAACUUCGAGGCUUCGUCUGAGGUGGAGGUUUCAGUAUCCAGCUGGAUGUUGCGUGGCAUUCAGUUCCUGGAUCAAUCAAAGUGUGAAGAAUAAGAGUUGUUUAGAGCUCUGUGGCUUAUGAUCUAAGCUCACUGUGCAUAUGGUUUCUUCAGGGGACCAAAUAGAGACUAAAGUUGAUUCUGAUAGAUUGGAGCAUGAACAAAGUUCAUUUAGCCAAUCGCAAGCGUCUCAGGAGGAUCCUGGUGGAACUAAUGCAUCAAAUUCUGAUCACAAAAGCACUGCGGCUUCCAGGGAGACACUUGAAGAGGCUGUUAAGCAGCCUGACGUUACAAUCCCACUAGUGGAUCGAGAUAUCUCUAAUGUAGUGUCUGAGAAAGUGACCCAGAACCCAAUUCAUGCGGAUCAGGACUCGCAUCCUGACUUGAAAGUAAGUAUCACCUCUACAAUACGAGAGAAAGUGUCAGAGGAUGGAUAUAACUGGCGAAAAUAUGGUCAGAAACUAGUAAAAGGAAAUGUCUUUGUUAGAAGCUAUUACAGAUGCACGCAUCCAACUUGCAUGGUGAAAAAACAACUGGAGCGCACUCAUGAUGGGAAAAUUACAGAUAUUAUUUACUUUGGCCCGCACGAUCACCCUAGACCUCAACCUCACAUUCCUGUUGCUGUUGGAGUUGUUAACAUGGUUGAAGAAAAACUAGAUGAUCAUGCUUCCAGAAGUUCACAAGAUAAGACCUCCACUGCACUUGGCCAGACACCUCGUAAAACUGAGCCGGGUGAUGCGCUUCAACUGUCAAUAGACAUGGCCAAUGAUAAGGAAAAAGAUGAAGGUUCGAAAAGGUCUAGGAUCAAUGAUGAGGUGGACAGUGAUGAUACACGAGACUUGAAACGAGAGAAGAAAAUAUGUAAUAUUGACGUGACAGUAGCAGACAAGUCAACGGUUGAAUCUCGUGUUGUUGUUCAAACACCCAGUGAGGUUGACAUUGUUAACGAUGGAUACCGCUGGCGGAAGUACGGACAGAAACUAGUGAAAGGCAAUCCAAAUCCUAGGAGUUACUACAGAUGCUCAAGUCCUGGAUGUCCAGUUAAGAAACAUGUAGAGAGGGCAUCUCAUGAUCCAAAAGUGGUUCUUACCACGUAUGAGGGUCAUCAUGACCAUGAUAUGCCUCCUGCAAGGACUGUGACGUUGAACUCAGCUGGGUCCACAGCAGCCCACAGUGAUGAGAUGAAAACAAAAAUGGUCGGUAGUUCUAUUGGCCAGGAUACGGUGGUUCAUGCUAAUAAGGAUCCUCAAAGCAAUUCAAGUUCUGAAGGAAAAUUAAUUGAAACGAAUGGCAAGUCGAAUGCCACAGAAGCAAGUGAUAGAAUUGUCCUCGACAUGGUGGUAUACCAGGCAAGGAGUUUCGAGUGCUCAAAAUAAGCAGCUGUAAGUAGCAGUUGAAAGCUAAGAUAGCAUAUCUUAUCCUGGUUCGAAUUUGUAUCAGAUUAAUCAAGACACCUAAUAACAACCUCAAAUCAAGGUAUAGCACUACAGUUGGAUUAACUAGUUUGUAUAAAUUAAUUAAACUGGUAAAAUAAAAUCAAACGUGUAGAUUUUCAUAGAACUUAAUAAAAAGAUAGCUGCUAAAAGUUAGCUCAUUAAUACCAUGAUCCUUAGGGCCAUGGAUUUCCUCUCUGGUCUGUUAUUUUCAACCCGAUUGAUGUAAUUUAUGUGAUGGUUCUUGAUAUUCUAUAGGUUCCCAUUACUGCUGUUUGAUCACAAAUGUUAUAAAUUAUCAACCAAGAAUUUUCACGUUCA